AUGGCGUCGGCGACGUUCCUGGAGGUGCUCCUCGCCAUCUUCCUCCCGCCGGUCGGCAUCUUCCUGCGCUACGGCUGCGGCGUGGAGUUCUGGAUCGACCUCUUGCUGACCAUACUGGGGUACAUUCCGGGGAUCAUCUACGCGGUGUACGUGCUGGUGGCUUAA